UGGCCAAGAAUCUUGCACUCCUUAACCUCUUCCACCUCUUCUUCCUCUUAAGCUAUGCAAAAUCUGAUGAUAAAGUUAUGGAUUCAAUAACUUUCUUCAUGCAUGAUAUCUUAGGUGGAUCAACCCCUUCUGAGAGAAUUGUUGCUGGUGCCAUCACCAAUACACAAACCACUAAGAUUCCAUUCUCAAAACCAAAUAACAGGAUCAUACCAAUGAAAGGUAGCAUACCAAUUGUUGAUGAUAGGUCUAGCAUUGUUUAUGCUUCACCAACAACUGUGAUGGUAAAAGACACUGGAAGAAACAAGGUGAUUAUUGACAAGAACAACAAUAAUAAGAAUGUUCCUUAUGUGAAAGCAAAUCAACUUCCAUUAGGAGCAACAACACUUGAGAAUCUCUUGUUUGGAAGAAUAACAGUGAUUGAUGAUGAGAUUACAAAAGGGGUUGAGUUGGGGGCAGAGGUUAUUGGAAAAGCACAGGGCUUUCAUGUGGCUACUUCAUUGGAUGGAAGUAGCAGAACAAUGGCAUUCACAGCCAUAUUUCACAAUGAAAAAGAUGAUCAAGAAGAAGAAGAAGAAGAUGGUGUUAGUUUCUUUGGUGUGCAUAGAACAGCAGCACAAGAAUCAUAUCUUGCUGUUGUUGGAGGGACAGGAAAAUAUUCAAAUGCAAAAGGGUAUGCAAAGAUUCAGACACUACUUCCUCCAUCAAUUGAUCAAUACAUUACUAAUGGGGUUGAAACACUUCUUCACAUUACUGUUUACCUAAGCUGGAUAUAGUUAAAAUGUUUAUUUCUUUAUUUUUUUUAUUUGAUAGAAUAAAGAACCAACAUAUAAGAGAGAGAGUUAGAGUAACACCUAUUAUAAAAAAGAUGGUAGAAUCGCGUCUCAAGUGAUUUAGAUAUGUGAAAAGAAGAUCGACAGAGCACCCCAAUCAAAAGGGAAAUGAGAUAGAAAAUGAAUAAGAGAUGAAAGACAAAGGAAAACCUAGGAUGAUCAUUCAUGAGGUGGUCAAAUGAGAUUUACAUGGAAAUGAUCUUUCUGUAGACAUGAUGCAUGAUAGAAUUCAAUAGAGCUCAGUGGCGUCGUUUGAAUCAUGUAGCCGACCUCAUUUAAUAGGACAAAGCUUUGUUGUUAUUGUUGUUGA